AUUUUGACGGGUGAAGAAAAGUCUGGUGAGACGCACAGAAGCACUCGCGCGCGCACAGCACAUCAGUGAAUGAGACAUCCACAGAUAGUGAACGAGCAUGUCGACGCUGCUGGAACUUAAAAGCAGUGUGCUGAGGCAGGUGCAGAGGAGUCAGUCCCUGAGGACCAGGAGGGAGCCACUGGCCUCCACCUCCAGCGAUGGUGGAAGUCCCCCGACCCUCGCACGCCGCUCUGGGACCAUCGUACACAGGGUUGCCAGGGGAAAUGGGGAUUUCUUUGACCGCAUGAAUAAAAUCCUCCAGAAACAGGAUGGUCAGCUGUCUGUCUGCCAAACUGAGGAGGACAGCAGCUGCACUCCUCCACCCCCAGAGUGCAAGGACCAGGCUUUUGUUCCAGAAGGAGCCACCAGGAAUGAGCUUGACUUGUUGUAUGAGGAAGCGAUCUACACUGUGGCCAAUCGGGUCGGGGUGCCAUCACCCGAGUAUGUCACCAAUGAAGGGGAUAUUUUCAGCUACCUGCAGAAGGUCUUUGAUAUGGGUCAAGAGGAACAUGACAUUAUCCUGCAGAGAGUGAUAGAAUCCAAGAGAGCCAGCUUUUCUCUCAGGGUCUCUGUAAUGAAAGGCAAAAAUCUCAUGGCAAAAGAUGCUAAUGGCUACAGUGACCCCUACUGCAUGCUGGGAAUUCUCUUGGGACAAUCGCCCAAAGAGACAGAAGAGAAGAAGGAGAGGAAGUUCAGCUUUCGCAAGAGACGGGAAAAGUUGGAGAAGCGGUCCAGUAUUAAGGAGGUGCUGGCGGGCAGAGAUAUCCAGGUGACCAAUGUCAAACCUGAGACUCUGAACCCAGUGUGGAAUGAACACUUUGUUUUUGAUAUUGAUGAUGUUCACAAUGAUCUCCUGCAUUUGGACAUAUGGGACCAUGAUGACGAUGUUUCUGUUGCUGAGGCUUGUAAAAAGCUGAAUGAAAUCAGUGGAUUCAGAGGAAUGGGCAGAUAUUUCAAGCAAAUUGCCAAAUCUGUGAGGUCUAAUGGUGCUGCCGCAUCAGGAAGUGAGGAGAAUGCUGAUGAUUUCCUGGGUUGCAUCAACAUCCCAUUGAAUGAGAUCCCAGUCGUUGGUUAUGAUAAGUGGUUUAAGUUGGAGCCAAGGUCCAGUGCCUCCAAAGUUCAAGGCGAAUGUCACCUGAUUCUCCACCUCUUCACCUCCCAGAGAGACACGGCACUAAGUAAAAUGGCAUCUAAUGUGACCAUUCACAAGAAGAUGCUGAGUCAGUUCUUGGAGUAUGAACACAGUCAAAUUCAGAAAGAGCCUUAUAACUGGAACGGACAAGUGUGUGCGGCUGCAUGGACCGUGCUGUCCCACCAUGCGGUGCAGUCUGACCUCUCCCCACUGCAGCAAGCCAUCAUCCGUUGGCAGUGUUACAGCAGUCAUCACCGCUCUCAGAGGAUGAGCUACGCUCUGCUUCUCAGACUGCUUAAAACAGUGGAGGCGGAGUGGGAGGAUACCGCCAUGCACGGCGAGCUGGAGGGUCUCUUAACAGAGAGCUUCAUGCUUUACUGUGAUUACUGCCUGUCUCAAAUGAAGAGCGUGCGUCAUGUAUUCCCCUGCAACAAUUCAGCCUCCAUCAUACGCUGUGAGCUUAUGCUGAGGAGCAUUGGUCAUAUGCAGUCAAUGGCGGCCUUUAGAGUGGUGUGUUCAACCCGCAAUGAGCUACACUUGGAAAUAGCAACAGUUAUAAAGAAAGGCACAGUUGAGUGGUAUGAAGGAAUAAUAUCAAAUAUUAAACCAGAUGAAGGGACGCUUGAGGAACAGUUGAGGCGUUUGGUUAUGGUGGUAGAUGCGGUUUGUGCUGAUGUGCAGAGAGGGCAAAACGUGUACAACAAGCUCUAUUACAGCUCUGUGAAGGUUGACUUCUUCAGUGUCUCCUACCGGCAGUUAGAGAAACUUGUGGCAGAUGACGUGAGUGUUGCAAUGGAGCGAGUAUGUGGGGACCUAGAGCAGGAGAGUUCUCGGCUCACCCAAACAAUGGGAGAGACACUGUUUGAGCUCUAUAUGUCUCUGAAGACUCUAAAACGCUUCAGGGAGUUCCUGCCUAUCAAAGAUACUAAGAUGUUGGCUCUAACUGGAUUUCACAACUGGUUCAAGACCUCUAUUCACAAAUGGUUGCAAAUUGUACAUGAAAGGUCCACUGACAGGAUCCGCAAAGCAGUGGAGAUGGAUCAGUUGGAGCCGGUCCAGAGUCAGACCAAACACAGCUCCUCGGCAGUGGAUGUUACAACAUGUUUCAGCCAGGUUCGUGAGUUCUGGGUCCAGCUGGCAUGGCCUGAUUCAGCGGGAGCCUUCAUUUUCAUUACACGCCUGACGGAUAAUUUCUGCAGUGAGGCAGUGUGUUACGCUGAGCUGAUCAAGCGCAAGAUUGAAAGGGGCCAGCUGGGAGACCACAAGAGCUUCAUCGUGCAGGUUUGCAUCGCUCUUAAUAGCACAGAACAUGUGCGUGUGUACCUAGGGGGUCUGCCGCGGGAGCUGGACUGGCGGGGAGUUGAACAGGCCAUGGAAGAGUCAUGCGGGUUGGAAGGGAAGGAGCAGGUCAACAAGUCCCUGAAUGGUCAGCUCUACAACGCUGACAACGACCUGCAGAGGGAGGCCAAGCGCCUAAUCGCACACCUCAUUGACAAGAUGCUUCCCGAACUCAAAAGAUGCAUUCAACACAUCAGCCUCUCGCCAGACUCCAUCAAUAAUGAUGAGGCAGUAUCUCCUCUGAUGAAGUACCUGGAUGACACUCUAGUCAUCCUCAAUGAGUCACUGGUUAAGGACAGUCUAACAAGGGUUCUGCAGAGCCUGUGGGAGCUGCUCCUGCGCAUGAUCCUUGACACUGUGGCAGAGAACAGAGGCGUCCAGGUGGAAUUUUACAGACGGUUCCAGUACACAGUAGAGACACUGGUGCGGUUCUUUAAUGCUGAUGGAGAAGGGCUGCUCAUGGAGGACCUUAAAAAUGGAGAUUACAAGGCCCUGGACGAUGAGCUGCGUCUGAACAAAUGCUCCUCCUUUGAGCUGAUCGAGCAGUAUUUCCUGGAGAAAAUCUCCCAGCAGCGAAUCCUAAAGCACAGUCGGUUUGGUCGUGUCAGUGUGAAGUGUUACUAUGAUGCCCCUGAGCAAAGACUCACUGUGGAGAUACUGCAUGCAGCUGAUCUCAUUGCCCUGGAUGCUAAUGGCCUCAGUGAUCCGUUUGUGAUCGUGGAGCUCUGUCCUCACCACCUGUUCCCAACAGCUCGGAGUCAGCGCACUCAAGUGAAGCUCAAAACCCUGCAUCCUGUAUUUGAUGAGCUUUUUUACUUCCAUGUCAGCCCUGAGCAGUACAGGCACAGGUGUGCCUGCUUGACCUUCACUGUGAUGGACUAUGAUUGGUUAUCCACUAAUGAUUUUGCUGGUGAGGCCGUGGCCCCACUGAGUGACUUCUGCUGGCCAGGCAGACCGAGUGCCACACCUGCAGGAAAGACCCUUCAACCCAUCAUUCUGCACCUGUCCCGCCAAAAACCAAGUGAGAAGCCCAUCAUGAAAAUGCUGGAGGCGAGAACAGCAGACAGAGAGGCGCAGGAGUUUGUGCGAAAGCUCAAAGAGAUUGAGAAGUCAAUGGAGGAGGAGUAGUGUGUCCCCUGUAGUGAACGUAUUUCUGAUGGUGGUCUUUUUUACCUGUUGUACUAUGUUUACUCUUCAAAUGAAAACACUUUUAAAUGUGUAUUUUUCACUGUUGUCCUGCAAAAAAGGUAAGAUCAUGUUUAAAGAUCAGUAUUUUAUCACUGUUCAGCAUUCUGUACUGUGUUUAAAUGUUAAUGCUCGCUGAUGGAUUUAAUGGGGCUUUUCCACUGCACCGUACAAUUCGACUCUGCUCGCUUUUUGGGGGUUUUCCACUGUGGAUAGUACCUGGUACCUGUUAGCUAUAGCAAUAGCAGUAUUAUUUUUUCACGUGACUUUCAAAAUGUAAAAAGAAAUGGCUGUUCGCAAAACCACGCCGUGGUCAUUAAAUGAGGUGCAGAUGUUUCUCUCGUUAGCGACGAAUGAAACUUCGCGAAACGAAAAUGUCUUUCAGGAAGUAUCUCAGCUUUUGGCCGCACACGGCUACCACCGGACCUUCCAACAGUGUAGGGAAAACUUAACAAAAAAUUUUAAGUGACUACAGAACCAUCAAGGAAAAUUGGAAGUGGUUCGACCAAAUGGACGCUAUAUAGACCGGCGAGCAAUGGGAGGGAAAGUGCCCUGAACUCAGCCACGACGUUGUUGGAGUUCACGAUGGAGAAUGGUAAGUUUUGUUAUGUUACUACCUAUGUACUCUGCUUGAAAGCUUCACUUUAUUUAGUUGACCAGCUACUGGAAAGCUUGCUUCUAAAACAACCAGGCCAAUUUAACUGUUACACUUGUGUAAAAUCAUCAUGCAACAACUGGUUUAUGCAGCACAAUGGGCUAGUUGCUAACAGCUAGCGGUCGUGUUAUUGUUUAUGGGUUAUGUUCGUGUAGUGUUAAAGAUGAUGUCACAGCAGUUGAGGCGGCACAACUAUGACGAUCAGCCUAUAACCCCACCCACGUUGAGGCGGCACUAAACAGCAAUGGAAAAGCAAGCUCCAAAAAGUAAAGCGAGUAGAGUUGAGUCGAACCGUAACAUAAUGUGCAGUGGAAAAGAGCCAGUAUUGCUAAUAGAAGGGGGUACAGCUUAGUUUGGCUUGAACUUUGAAAUACUAAGGAGACAAUGAUUGGAUGUUUACUUUUGAGGAGUUUCAACAAAUGCUAAAAAAGUACUCAAAUUUCUAUACAUGCCACAGUUUUGAAAGUGUAGCACUGGGCAAGAAAAAGAGGCAACAGAAUCUUGAUUCAUUUUCAGUAAUGAGUAAUCAAAAAGUAUUAAUGGUCGAAAGUGUUCUCUGUUCAUUAUUAUUAAGGAAAAUACUUUCAGAGAAGUUGUUUAAAUCUUAAACUGUGAAUGUCAAUGAGUAUUUGUCCUUGAAUCAAACUGGAUUGUGUUGAGAUUUAAUGUAGCAUUUCUGUAAGAUGUCGUCAUUCCUAAACAAUGUAUUUGUUUAUGCCAAGUGGUUCUUCAAUUUACGGGUUUAGUGUUCUAUUGCAUUUGUUUCUGCUAAAAUUCAUUGAUUUAUUGGCAGUAAAAGAUUAUAGAAAAAUUAGGGUACAAUUAAGGGCCACAUAACAAUGCUUCUCACUAUGAAUUUUUAAAUCACUUAGUAAAAAUACUGUUGUGGUACACUGUAAAAAUAAUAUUUUGUAGGUAACUUGUGAGGUAAAAGUGAACUGGUUUUAUUAAGUUAAAAAUACUAUUUAAUAUGACUUACUUCAUUAUGUUACACACAAAUGAAAGUAAUGUUUAAGGGUUAGAUGAAAUACAAAUGAUUCCUUAAAGGAAUAGUUCACCCAAAAAUGAAAAUUCUCUCAUGAUUUAUCUUUAAGCCAUUCCAGAAGUGUAUGAAUUUCCCUCUUCAGCAGAAUGGAAGAGAA